AAAAAUUUUGUUCGUUCCUCUUAUUUCUAGAAAUAAGUUUUGCAAAAAUUUCUCACAUCAGAUAUUCUCACAUUUUGCUUAUUGUGUAUCACAAACAAAAAAAUCAAAAUCCAGAAUUUUUAUGACCUUUUUGAAUGAGUACUAAAACCCUGAUUAUAUGAGGCAGGUUAGCUCAGUUGGCAGGCAACCCGUUUUAAAAAAAAUUAUAUUUUAUGGGAAGAGUAAAACCAUGACAUCUGUUCUUGAGUUAAGAAUAUGUACCUAUUUCUUGAAGAUAGGUAGAUGUGCAUAUUAUACAUGGCUACCCUCACAAAUACCGAGGGAUAUACCCUGUCUAUUAUUUCGAGGAGGGGCAAUGGCUUAGAUGGGGAGUCCUAAAGUAUUUAAUGCUCAUUUUGAGCUACACAGACCCAAUUACGGUCCGCUCUCUACCACACAACUUCCUGCAACAUCCAAUGGCGCACACAUUGUGCCAUCUCCACAAUUUCCCUCACAUGGCUUGGGCUAAUCUGGGGCUAUAUUAACAUUCACUCGCCCAUACUGAAACGCCGCCAAGAAAUAGCAGAUCACAGGUGUAAACAAACCAGAAAAAUAAAUGUAAAAUGGUCCAUGAGUAUUUACUUUACUAAUGGUUUACUAAAUUAAAUCCAAGGUUUCCUUUUUUUUGUCUUUUGUUACAAUGAAAUCACUUAAUACAGAGAAUACUGACAUAUUUAUAUCUACUUUUUGGGAGUCUUUCAGUAAGUGAAGCCACCCUGGUUAAACUUAUGAUUAAAAAUAUAAGCUCAUAAUUGAACACUGCAAUAUACUGGACAAAUAGUUAGCUAAUUUUGUGCAUUUAGCACACUUAAUUAGCUAACUUGUACGUAUAGUUAGACUUUCAUUAGCUAGCUAGCUUUAUAUAGCUAGAACUAGCAUCUAAGCUAAGUGAUGAAAAUAUGCCACUAUAUGUGACAUAUUUUCAUCGCGUGACCAGACAGGUCCAGAGCUACUUUCGCGGUUUUAAUCUCAAAGAGCUCUGGGGACGAGAAUGACCAAAGAGACCUUCAAUUUGGUCCAACAAGGGGUAUUUAAUGUUCUUGCAUAUUUUUUUUUAAUGUAUGUUUUUGGUUUUCAAAACCGUUAGUUGGAAAUAAGAUGAUCAAAAUAUGUUUUUAAGAAAGGUGAUUUAUUGUACAAUAGUGAGAAUGGUACAUCAUUUUAUCGUGCUCUGAGCUUCCUUUGUCAAUACAAGUAGAGUCACAAAACAUCACCAUAACAUUUCUUUUAAACGAUUUUGGAUUUUUGGACAGCGGCUCUGAUUGUAAACCAAACUUGGUUGCAAAACUUUACUUGUGUCAGCACAACAAUGAUGACGUUCUAUUCAUAGUCAAAGGAUUUACAAUUUCUAUUUUUUUUUAAAUGAUGUUUUGUUUUUUCUGGUCGAUUCCCAUAGUCGAGAUAACCAAGGAUUAUCUAGACCUGAUGGCACUGCAAUUAUUGCCAAACUUAGAGAAAUUCAUGAUUUAGCUGGUUAUCCAAGUUUAUAUAAAAACUUGCAAUAUUUUAGUGCUGUAUGUUUAUUGAGCUAAUCGAUAGACGAUUUUGCCUUUUUUAUUUUGUUCAAUACCAGACAAUUGACGCUCGUGUUAAAAGACCUUUACACAGCCAUAUACAUUAUUCAAAUCGCGUAUACGCGAGUUGUUUGGUAUAGCAAGCAAUGGUCGUGUCGACAUUUUUGCAUGUUUUUCCACGCCUGCAUUGCUUUCCAUCAUGUUUUUGCGCAAAUCCAAGUUUUUAAGUCCCACCUGACCCCGCAACCCAGCGCUACAGCUGUGUGCGUAUCCAUAGUCAUCUGACUAUGGCGUAUUUUGAUAUUCCUUAAAUUGGCAAAAAGAAUAAAGACUGUGUUAUGCAUUUGAUCAAAAAUAUCGUUAUAGACUGUUAUUUUAAUAUUAUUUGAUAAGCUAUGCUAGAUACUCCUUGUUUUUAACGAAGCGGAUUUUGUUCAACUAAAACGAGCUCUAGGGGUUAAGGUACGAGUCGUUUCUUUCGAGGGGCCGAGUUCAAGGACGCCAUAUUUGUUAUGGUCGGCUUGUUUACCAAGCUGCGAAUCGUUGGGUUGGUAUACUUACUUAACUUUCUAAAUUUCAGUUCUAUCAACGUUUAAGAUAUUCUCUUCAUUGUGUCUAUGUUUUCGCCUAUUAAGAUGAAAAUAUCACGUUUUCUAGCCAUGUGUAAAUCUGAAACAAAGAGAGAGAGAUUUAUUUUUUUAUUAGGAGUUUACAAUGAAAAUAUAUAAUAUGAAAAAUAUAUUGAACAUUUACCUAAUAAAAGGAUAACUAGCACAAAGCACUUUAUGUGCUUAAAUAACGUGCUAGCUACCUGGGAGAACAACAGGUAGGACGAAGCCACAGGACAACACAGGGACAAGACGAACAUUCAGACGAGGAUAUCACAGAGUCAAAGUCAAAAAUAGCAUGAAAUGUCUGGAAGCUGCUUAAAACAAACCUUCAAGCAGGAAAAAGGAAUUUGGACUGGGUGAAAUAAAAUAAAAUUGUAAUUAGAUUUUAUAUGUGUUAAUAAAGUGACUAUGUAAAAAAAUUUUUAGCUCAGAGGUAUUUUUACUCAAGAUUUUAAAGGGUAAGGAAUUUUGAAGACGGUUCCAUGAGUUUAUUGCAAAGAACUUAACAGACUUUUUACCAAACGCAGUUGAAUGAACAAGAGGUAGAUUCAAAAAGCCUUUGUCAGCAGCACGGGUGUGGUGGGAAUGGGCGAAGUCGAUUGCGAAAGUAUUGAUGAGGCUAAUAGGAAGAGUUUUAUAAUAAAGGUUCAGUAGGAAAAUUAUAUUAUGUAUACAGAUCAUGUCAGAGAAUUUAAUUAAGUUAAGGUUCCCGUAUAGUGGGGUAGGAGAAGCAUUGAAAGUACUAAAAGAGAUGAUACGGAUAGCAUGGUUUUGUAAAAUUUCUAUUCGAACAAACCAAUUUCAAGAUUUUAGCUAGCUAACAUAGAUUUCAAGGCAGCAUUGUUCUGCCCGGAUAAUGAACAUUGGCCUGAUUAAGUACGGCAGCUUGCACUGGUUAAGAACAGGGCAGAAAAUACAUAAUCAGGGCAACAUAAUCAGGACAGGCCGGCUUAUUACUCAAAAAAUAUUAUUUGGCACUUAUAAAAGGGACAUAUAAUCAGGGCAGGCCAGUUUAUAUACGACAGUGUAAUAUUAUUUCUGAUUUAUUAUAGAACGAACAUAAUCGGGGAAGGCCGGCUUAUGUAUGACAGUCAAAUAUUAUUCCAGACUUAUAGAACAAAUAUAAUCGGGGCCGACCGCUUUUAUAUCAUUCGUCAUCACUUCUGAAAGCGAAUAGCCCUGGUGGCAAAGUUGUUGUUGCUCUCAAAUGAAACGAAAUUUCGCGGCAAAUACUAAAUUUUGGGAUUCGCAAGUUUAAUAACUUUUCACCAAACUUAAUUCCCGCAAAAGAAAUCAAUAUAGAAAGUGUUGCGGAGAGGUUGCCAAGGCAAAGGCAUUAAGCACGGCAAGGAAAGGGCAAAGGCAGGCAAGGAAAUAGGAAGAGGAAUCAGGAAGGCAGGGGUAGGCAAGGCAUGGGAGCCACAGGCAAGGACAUAGUAGGCAGGCACCAGAAAAGGCAUAUGAAGGGUAGGCAAAGAAAGUCACGGUCAGUGCUGGCAAGGCAAUGGAACGGCAAGGCAGGGGUGCAUGACUUUAAUAGAAAAUCUCCACCUUACAACUCAAAGAUUGCGUAUACUCAAUAUUAUCAAAUUUAUCUCAGGUCAAUAUACAGUGAAUCAUAGCCAUUACAAGUAUUUAAACAAUCGGUCAUAACGACAUAUCAUUUUUUGAUAAAUCUGAGAUUACCUUGGUUCCAAUGACAACAACAUUAAAAAGUCAAGAUAUAGAAAUAAUCAGAGAAGUCUUACUUAAAGAUAACCUAUUAUAUGAAAACCUGGUUGUUGUAGGUGCAAGAUAAUUAUGUUUUUCCUAGCCCUGUCCAGGAUUUGAACCUGGAUCUCUCAUUUGCAUGAGUGUCAUAGCCAUUAGACCAGCAGGGCAUAAACAUAAAUAUAUAUACAAAACUUUACAGGUGAGUAUUAUAUACACUUAGGAAUUUACGCUGGUUAAGCCACAAGUAACUGUGUUACCUGGCGUUAAACGCUUGAUGGAACAAUUAAUACAAAUUUUAAACUGUACCACACAAUCAUAAAUCGAGUGAAACACACAACAUUUAAGGUGUGUCGGGUGUGUAAUUAUAUUUUUCAGAUUCACAACAUAUAUAUUUCCUUCAACUUUAGCUUGAAUAGAAACACAAUUUACAUAUUGUGCCAUGUCAUAGCGAAAACUGUUUCACAAAAUGUUCCCAUAAAAACUUAAAAUAUAUAUGUACUUUAAUCUGUGGUGCGCCAUUAGUAUAGGUAAACAAACCCUUUCAAAAAAACUUUAGCACAACUUCUGUUAAAUAGAAACACAGGUAAUAGCUUGUUGUUAACACUAGGCUGAGUGAUUAGUACAAAUAUACUGUGGCGCACAUCUGAAAAACUUUGGUUCAAAUAAACAGACAGUAAACACCCUGUUGUUAUCCUACACAGCUAAAACAAUCAUGCAGCACUUUUAUUUUGCGGAAAAGUUUUUGUAACAUUUAAAAAUAAAAACACUGCUCAAAACCUGUUUUUAUGCUCCUAAAGAAUCCUGCAAUAUUUUAUGGGAAAAGUUUGUGCUAGAUAAAAAAUUAAUCAUAAAAUCGGACAGCCGUAAUACAUUUUUAAAAAAACCUUUACUGCAACUUCGGUUUAAAAAAACACAGCGGAAACAGCCUGUUAUUAGCCUGUGCAGCUAAAAAUCAAAUAGCAGUAUAUGUUUUGUUUGCAAACAAGUUUUUAUGACAGUAGGAUAAAAAUCUCUUAUUCCAGACUGAACAAAAACAUCAUUAGAGCCACAUGUGUAAGGAUCGGGUCAAGUUACAAAAACAGAAAUUAUUGCGACAUUAUUUGUAUACAUAUCGUGAAAUUAGGUAAAAAGGCUAAACUUUAGAAUAUCCCCUUCAAAUAGUAAAUUAAAUUUAAUACAACCAACGACCAACUUUUGUAAAAUCAUUAACCAAAAUAACGCUAUAUGCAACGUCUUCAACACUAUCACGUUAGCGCCUACGCGUCUUUUAAUUCGUUGCUUCGCGCAAUGUCACGACAUCGUAUCCGACGUUAAAAAUAACGACCGUUUAUUAAAACAGUCAUUCUUGUAACAAACGGCUUCGCGUAUCUAUCGCCCAUAUCUUUUAUAAUGUAUUCUUCAAAAUCAAUUAUUAAUUCACAACCUGAAGAAGUUUGGGCCGAAUUAAACUCAAGAUUUAUUAAUCAUGACGUCAAGUAUGAAAACGUUCUAUCCGAACAAUUGUUUACAUAUCUUAACAAUAAAGCAACAGCUGCAGGUACAAACAUUGGAUAUGUUCUUGCUUCCGUAAUAACUACAGCUAAUUACUUGACCUCUAAAAAUCACGGUUCGAUUGAAAUAAGAAAUGGUUAUAGCAUUAACCUUAACACAUUUUUCUUGUUUGUUGGACAGCCGUCUACAGGAAAGUCGCCCGCUAUUAAGAUGGCAGUUAAUCAACCAUUAAAGGCUAUUCAAGAAGAUACAGACAUUAUAUCUAACACCACCACAUCUGGCUUGACAAAGUGCCUCUGUUCAAGAAAAUGUACAUACAUUGUUAAUGCCGAAAUACAGGAGUACUUGUACAAAAUAUUGAAAAAAAACGAUGAGAAUUACACUGGGGAUAUGGAGAUUCUAUCGAAGAUUUUUAGUGGAGAAAAUGUGUCUAUUCAAUUCAGUACUGAAAAUAACAGAUAUAUACCUGAAAAUUGCGCAUUGUGCAUAUUAGGUAAUGGAUUUUUGGACCGAUUUUUAAUUAUAACACCUCGUUCAUACCGUCCGAUGCCCAAGGAACAACAAAUCGCCCAACAAUCCUCAACAACCAUCGAUAUCAAGGAUAUUUAUGCCAACUAUGUACACAUAGAUAAUACAAUAUUCUAUUUUGACGAAAAUGCGUUAAAAUUGUACGACAACAUGGAGACACAGUUUUUGACCGAUCUAAACAACGAUCUUUUGCACGGCAGACCAACCAGCAAGUCUAAAAAACCAGAGUUAAUUCCAAAAGUUGCUGUCGCUCUACACACAGUGGAAUACUUUUAUAAUGCCCUUUUUAAUGAAGUUGAAUUUACAUGUCUACCAGAAGCUAUUUCCUUGCAAACAUUGGAACGUGCCAUAAUUAUAUCACAGAAUUGGUUAGUACCAGCAAAACACCAUCAGUUAAACGUGCCCCAACUUCUGAUGAAUAUAAAAAAGCUGUUUUAAUGACACCGGGUGCCUUCGUCACAUACAGAUCCUUCAAACAAAGUACAUCAAAAAGAUUUCGCGGUUUACUAUCCCAAGAAUUUGUUAAGUUUAUAGAAAACUUUGUUAACUAAGACAUUGGUCGUUUGGUUAGUGUAAGAGCAGUUGGGUCGUCAAAAUCAUCAAAAGUAUUCGUUAAAAAAGAAUUUAGGGACUUGCCAUCCGAAAUAAAAAAUUGGUUACAAGAAAGUGAAUAUGAAACAAAAAGGCUCGCCAAACAUCCUGUUUGUAUUACGGAUAGGAUUAUCGAGUCUAUUAAUCUUGAAAUUCAUUAGCAAAAAUUUUUCAAAUAAUCCUUUUUCUAUAUCCAUAGAAUAAGUCGUUCUUACUUAUAAAAAAGUUUACAAAUUUAUCAACACCAAAAUAUAUAGGUUAGCUAUAACAAAGUUAAUCGGGUUUAAAAUUGUAAAUUUUAAUAAAACUUAUUUUACUAGAUUGACAAAUUGUAUACAGAUAU